AUGGAUAACGAGCUCCCUCCCAUCUCCUCCUCCUCCUCCUCUAAAACACGACACAGUCAGGUUCGACUAGUGGAACGUAGAGUUUCCAUAGAGUUGACUUUUAAUAGGUAUGGAAUGCCAGGACUUUGUUUCCCUGUUGACCACAUGGUUGAGGGUGUGAAAUUUAUGGAGUUUCUUCGAAACGAAGGACGCAUACUUCUGGCUACCUCUUCGAGUCUUAUUAGUCUAGAAUUGAACGCAUCUUCGGGUCAUUGGCAGAAGAAGCAUCAUGUCCAUCUUCCUCUUGCACCCGAUGAAUGUAUCACAGCUCUUGCUAUUGGGAAGGGUGUUGUCUACGUUGGAUCCAGUGCAGGCACCUUGCGACAAGUAGCCAUAAAAAAUGGGACUAUGACAGUUGGAGAUGACGAUUUGACCUCCUUACCAUGUCUUCUCAUCCUGAAUAAAUUGCCUGAAGACAAGCGCGAGUCUCUGAAACUGGACACACCCAUAGUGUCAAUCGAGCUUCAUCCGGAUGGAGAAGAAUUGCUUAUAGGCUACUCAGGCGGUACAGUCAUCAUAGCUCAGCCGGAAGCAAUCCCACUCACUCCACCUGUGCCAACAACCUCUACCGUCGAGAACAUUUCCAACGAAGCAGGAGAAAAGGCAGAGGGUGAAGCUGAGAAGAAGCAGACACAACCACCUUGUGAGAGUGCUGAGGUAGAAGCUGAGCCAACUAAAAAAAGUGAAGGUGAUAUUGGACCAGAACAAACGUCACCAAAGAAAAGCAAGACUGGAGAACGACACCCCACGGCCAAUCUGCAGGCGAUCCGAGCUCAGGCUACCAGGAAGUUUCGCACUCUUUCCAAGACCAUAAAGAGUAAGAUUGAACACACGGCGGAAGAGAAAGUAGAACAGCCAGUUUUGCCUGUGCCUCCAAGUCCGCGUGUGGUUCGGUUACUUCCUUAUAAUCAGAUUUUAUGUUGUGCCACAUGGCGUAUCACCCCAUCCGUGCUGGCGUCAGAAGCAGCAACUUCUCAGGAGGUUCUCGUUGCGUACCAUGAUGGUGCCUAUCUUAUCUGGACAAUUCCGAAGUGUGAGUCGGAGGUGGAUGAUCCAGUGAUUGCCGUAAAUCAAGAAGUAGCCAGCAUUCCCUACGGGCCUCUGCCCUGCGCUGCGAUUCAGCGUAUCAUUGCAAGACCUUCUGCAAGUGGUGGUGUUAUCACUGCAUUUGUUGGAGGACUGCCUCGCGUACAACACGGGGAGAAGCAUACGAUUAGCGUUUUGGGUGGAGUUGAUGAACAUGUCUGUUUCCAAUUUGGCUCGCCUGUCCGAGAUUUUGUUGUUCUGCCCAGUAAGCUGCAAAAGUCUGCGUGCAAAAAUGAAAAUAAUGAAGAUGCCAGCAAACAAAAGAUCGAAGCGGAUGAAGGGGAGAAAGUCUGCCAGCCUGCUACUACAGGGCCUUCAACACCAACGGAUGCUGGUUACCUCCUCGUUCUAACUGAUCGUGAACUGGUAGCCAUCGACUUGUCCAAACCCUCCUGGCCUGUCAUCCCUUCUCCUUAUCUCAAGCAUCUUGACUGUACUGGCAUCACUGCUGUUGCUCACAUCUCUGCAAGUGUCAAUUUUCAAUCCUUCGACUGUCUAAUGAUUCCAAAGAAGCUUAUGUCAAGUCUGAAGGAGGCGUGCAAUGCCAGUGGCUUCGAUAAAUGGCCCGUGAUCGGUGGGCAGAAGACCGACUCAUGCGAGGCAGUUGUGGAACACCCGGAGUUCCACGACCUGGUUGCAAUCGCCAACGUCGAUGCGGAUGUCUCUUUGUGGCAUGUGGCUCGUGGUGACUGCUUUGAGUUUCUUGGACGCAUCUCCAGUCUCGCAAUGAUGUUAGACGCCGGAGAGUUCGCAUGUGAUGGGGAGAGAAAAGCUUUUAUUUGUGCCAUUCAUUGCCCUCUUUGUUUUUUUUCCAAAUGGCAGAAUGAGGAGGAGGCUUGGCCGCCGUUCCGGAAAGUCGGUGACUGUGCCUGUGAAAGUGGCGGAGAAAGGGUGGUGGAUGCUCGUUGCGCAAUACGCACCCUCUCCUUUCAAGUGAUGGACGAAGCGGUGGUUUUGUUUAUCGGUGGGGAGACGGGUAUCUGCUCCAUGUGGUCAUCGACAGGACAGAAGUGCCUUGAGCUUGCUGCCACUAAGAUAUCAGUCGAUCUUCUCGAUGGCAUGACUGACAAGUUUAACUGGGAAGGUCAUGAGGCCUUCAAGUCCAUUGGAGGUGUCUUCCAACCGCCCGCCACAUCAACUCCAGCGUUUGGCCUUUGCGAGUUGAUCCAGUUUAAUCCACCCUCUGCGAUAACUGCUGUGGCAUUUGAGCCGCGUUGGGAGGCACUUGCGAUCGGUACUGUGCAUGGCUUCGCUCUUGUUGACCUCAAAUCUCGUGCCGUGGUAUACAAACGUCUCACGUUCGGUGCUCUUCAAGGCCCCACCGAAACCGUUGUGCCCUCGGUUGCUCGUGGAGCUGCUACCAAAAUUGUGGCCGGUGGACGCCAUUUGAAGGCGACUUUGCGCGAGUCCUUCCGUAAGAUUCGAAAAAGCCGUUCCCAUUCCUCUGCUCCGGCAGGUGAGGAGUCUGGUGAGGACAAGAAAACCACAUCCAGCCCUACUGAGACUGCUGCUGAGGCAUCACCUGUGAAGGAAAAGGAAGUUGAAGCGGCGCCUUCAGAUCAAGUGCAUGAACCUCAAGCAUCUGCAGCAGCAGAGGCAACGGCCGAAACUGCACAACAGGAAGGUAGUUCGGAAGAGACACCCACCUCGAAAUCAGUGGUACUUAUUGAACCAAAGGAAGAGGAGCCUGCAACACCACUGCAGCAAUUGAAGUCUGACGACACGGCCUUCGGUGUCUCCGCACUUGCCUUGGUAGACACCUACGUCAUUGCGGGUGUUGCAACUGCAGUGAAAGAGAAUCGACCUGCAAUUCCACCUCCACGUACAGCUGCACUUAUUGUCGGCACGCAAGGUGGUGCACUGCUCGCGCAUACACUCGCAUGGCCUCUUGACAGUGCCUCAAUCGAGGUCAAGCCGGUCAAGGAGGUUUUCUUCCACCACGGCGCUGCAGUUCUUGCAAUCUGCGUUAUUGACACCAAAGCUCGCUCCUCUCCAGUUAUCAGCGAUAAGUCACGCGCUGUGCCCGAGGUUAUUCCAGAUUUACCACAACCAGUUAAACAGGAAUCGGAACCCACCAAACUCGUUGAUGGCGAGGAGAGUGGAUCAAAGCCUUCGCCGAUAGUAGCAGCGGAUGCUGCAGAGUUGGGAGAAGCUGAAGCGAUGAAAGCGGCACAAACGAGUCAUGAGCUUUUGGUUUGUACAGAGGAACAGGUGCGAGUUAUUGCACUGCCCUCCCUGAAAACAAAACAUAAGUACCAUUUCUGGGAGAAAAGUGGUGCAGGUAUCCAUGGCACCUUUAAACCUCCUCUCAUCCACCGCGGCAAGUCAGAGCAGUCCACAACCACCGCAACUUCCGACAACAUUGCUGUGUCGGGGCUUCAAGAAAACACUGAGUCCAAAGAUAUCGACGCCUCUGGAGUUGCUCCAGUUGCAACACCCGAACCCGAUUCCAUAGAACAGGGAGAGAAGCCAGAAGAGCCUUUUGUUGCAUCGACACCACGCGUGUCUUUGCGACGAGUGGCUGGUUUUGGUCUUCAGCGAUUUCCUCAACCUCCCAACACCACGAUGGAGGAAUGUCACGCAGUUGUAGCCCUGAAGAAUGGCCGUCUUCAUGUGCUCACCAUUCCUAGCCUUCGCAGAGUUCUCAAAGCUUCGUUUUGCGACCACGCAGAAUGCUGUAGCACCAAACCUGUGCCAAAUCAGGGAUUCACCAACGCCUGUGUCUCAAGCUCUGCCAAUUUGACCUUUUGGCCGUUUGCUGGUUGUCUGUUGGUAGCAGAUGAAAUUUCCUACGCAUUGCCAUGUCGACUGGCGUCACUGGUGGGUGUGAACGGUUUGAAGUGCACAGGCGAGGCUGCCUAUUGUGUGUGCCUGCCUGAAUGGGCAAGACCACAGCCUCCACCACCGCCGCUACAACCAACAGCACCCACUGCUGCCAACGCUGCUUCUGCUGCAGCCGAGGGAACUGGUCGUGCUGUUGUUAAUGGUACUGAACUUCGCAAUCUCGUUGCUGUCAAGCCUUGGGCCACCGGAAACUCUCCUUCGUCUCCCCGAUUGCUGAUGUCCAUCUGUAUUUGUUAUUUGCAGAAUGGUCACGGUGAGGGCGGAAAGGGCGAGAAGGCUGGAGGAUGUGGGCCGGAUGGAGUACUGAAGGAGGCAAUGAGGGGUGCCAUUUCCGAUCCCGCCGAAUCUGCUGACACAGCUAAGGAGGUGGAUAGCUUCACAAAGGACAUCACAAAGGGCAUUCUGACUGAUGGCAGUGGUACUGUGACGGUGAAGACGACGGAGAGUUCUCUGGAAAAGCACAUCGUCAUUGAAGGUGGCAACGUGUUGACAACCGUACACGAGACUCAACUUGUCGACGGGGAGGUUGUCAAGGACGACAUAGUUCAAGUGAAGUCAGACGUUGACGAAAGUGUUCCCGUCGCAGUGGGCACUGAAGUGUUGACCAUUGGAUCAUCGCUUUGCGUUUCACAAGUGAUUGGAUCAUGUCCUCCUCCUCCUCCUGCUCCUCCUCUUGUUUCUCUUCCCUUCCCUCUCCCUCUCCUCCUUCUCGCCUCAUCACAGGAGAUCACAAUUUUCGACACCGGCGCACAGGGCAAUGGUAGCCGCCAGUUUGGUUUCGGUGACCACUACCGCCACUCAUUUUCCCCUCCCACCUUUACCUCCCCACCCCAGCUAUUCGCGCACAAAAAACAACAACAGCAACAAACGGACUCGUAUAAGCAAAUGUUUAUUUAUUUUUUGGUUUUCUCAGACUCCGAUGCUGUCCUUUCCUCUCGUCUCCUUCCCCAUUGUUUUGUGGGACUGUGGAGUUUGUAG